GCCAAAUCAUUUAAUGGGUAGAACAAUUAACUUGGCUAAGAGAGAAAGGAAGCCAGUACCUCUUUUUCUGAAGAGACAAGGACCAAAAGGAGUCUGAAUCUCAAUUUCUGGGAUAACAAAGCUCCAGAUAAUUAUCGGAAUGCUGCAAUAUUUCAUAAAAAUUGACCCUUCACCUUCAGUGAACAUUGAAGUUUACAAGGAUAAAACUCGGAGGUGACUUCAGAAGAUAAAAGUAGCAGAGUUCUUUAGGUGCAGACCUAGUAACCCCUUGUUGGUUAAAACUGAGAAAUUAUGUCUAAGCUACCGAAACGCUGAUUUUGAAAUAAAAUUCCAAGAUUCCUUUCUAAGCGUAGAUGAGAAUCUUCAUAAAUUGGGAAAUACUUGCAGAAAAUGUCAAGACUUGGAGAAAGCCAAUCAGUCUCUAAGCAUAGAAAAUGAGAUCCUAAAAAGCCAAGUGCAACAGCUUAAACAAGAUUUGAGGCUUCUAAAGGCCCAAAAUAACCAUCAGAAAACAAAGCAUACCUUUAAGCCCAAGACAGCUAAAAAGAGCAAGAUUUAUGGAAGCUUUGUAAAAGAUGUGGAAAGGGUUACCUUAACACUCAGUAAUGGGAAAGAUCUCCCAUAUAAGGUCCAAUCAACUGCUGGAAAAAGGAUCAAGAAGAAUAAUACCCAAAGUUCAUACUGUGGAACUAAUGAUACCACACCGACUCAUAAGCGAUUAUCUCACAAUAGUAGCCCAAUAGUGAAAUUUAGGAAAAAAAAUCUAGAGAACUCGAAGACAAUAGUGCCUGAUCACGAAGAAGAUGAACUAAAGAUGUUCUUAGAAGCAGAAAGAGCUGUGCAAGAAACCAUUUUAGAUAAGCCUUUCAAGUCUUGAAACUUAAAGGAUGAGUGCCCAAGGAAGACAAAUUUAUUGAACGUCCUCAAUAACGAGAUCAUCAAUAAGCAGUGAAAGAAGGAUGGAGAAGGAGAAAUCAAAAAGCUAGACAAUGAACCAAGCCUUAGUUUGACGACAACUAUUCCAGAAGAACUAGGCUCUAGAUUAAUUAAGCCAGUUUCUAAGACCCCAUACUCUACAGUCUUUCACAGAAGAAAUAUGAGCUCUUUUCCUGGAACUACAAAGAUUGAUCUCAACGACGAGGCAUCUUACAAAACAGAAUCUCAAAUUUCACCACAUCGUGUAAUGAUACCUUCAUAUCUUGAGAGCACAAAGUUUAAGUUCAGUGAUGAUAAGAACAAUAAAUUACGAUUCUACAAGAAGAUGUUUGGGAGCAAGCCGAGCGCUACAAAGACCUGAAUGCUUCAGAAGAGGUCUUAUCUCCAAUGCAGCUCUGAAAGGAGGUAUAAAAAUCCUGUCAAAGGAAUCAAAGAGGUCUCUGUACAGUUGAAUAAUACUAAGUAUCAAACUUCUACACAACAGAAGAAGCCGAAGAAAUGUACUCUGGAUUUGGACCACAAAUACAACGCUACAAAAAUUAUUCCUUCCGGAAAGGGCAGCUCGAAGAACUUAUCAAAACCUCCAUCUUCAAAAGAGAGAAGACUCAACUAUUCAAUUUUCAUCAAGCCAAAAUCGCCUUCACUGUUUACAAAAUCAAGAUUAGGAGUCUUGGGGAGCCACUCAUCUAUAAAGAGUCCUUUCGGGAAAAGGAUUAUGUCUAAACCUUACAUUUCCAAAACAAACCUGCUUAAGGGUUAAACAUAAUUUGGCGCAUAAUUGCUCAUUUUACACAAAUUUAGGAU